CUUAAAGACACAAAACGGCAUUGAGGUGACUAGUGUUGGCAAAUUAAAAGAUGACAAAACGUUUGUAGUAAGCGGUUCAUAUUCUUUUACUGGAGCAGAUGGUAAACGUUACAAAACCCGGUAUACUGCUGACGAAUUGGGUUAUCACCCUAUUACGGAACUGGAUUUGGACAUCCCUGACCCCCAACCUGUGGAUGCAUCUUCGACAAAUCAGAAGCAAAUCGACAUUAGUAAUAAAGAUUUUUUAGGAGGAUUGAAAAACAGAUUUCAAUUUUUAAACCAAAAUCUCAAUUUGGAAGUCGAUCCGAAUGCUUUGAGAGGAAGUGCACAAAUCGGUGACGAUUUUAGUUAUUCGUCGGACAGUGAUGGCUACAGUUAUAGUACUCCAAUACAACAAUUCGAAACGCCAAUAAAAGUGCCAUCACGUGAAUAUUUACCCGCAAAGCAGUAGUUAAGAGGACGACAUUAAUAAAUUUAAAUUGAUAAUGUAUAUUAAUAGUAUCAUUGCCAUUUCUAGUGAUAUUAGAAUAAAACUAUAAAAUUUUUUGAGUAAUGCU